GUACAACGUCAGGUUUCUGAGCUCACAGCUGAGGCCUAAAUAUAGGGUCUACGUUUGAGACCUUUUCCCUAUUUAUGGUGGAGGAACUUCGGUGAUGGUCGAGAAGAUGAUAUAUAAACAUGGUCCUGCUCGGAUCAUAACCCUUCUUCAGACCCAACAGCUCAGUAUACCCGCACCAGAAGCCAUAAAACAUAUCACUCUGCACGCAUCGUCGAAAGCCUUUCUUACAGAGUCCAUCCCCAACCACCAAAAUGAGAACCGCUUUGCUCUCCGCCCUUUCCCUCCUCACCUUCAGCGCCGCAGCCUUCAAUGUCUCCGUCACCUUCCACGGCGCAACCGAGGACGAGUCUUACUCCCUCCUCUUCCCCACCGACACCACAGCUGUCCAGAUUGACAACCCGAUGAUCGUGUACAGCAUCUCCUCCCCGGGCGGCGGCUUCUGCACCUUUGUAGGGGUGGAGGGCGAGGAUGUGGUUAUCUUUGCCGAGGAUGAGGAGACUUUGACGACUCCGCAGGCGAUGAAGUGGGGCAGUUGCGAUAAUAACUGAGACUUGGCUUUACAGAGCCUGAUCCGUCGGACUGGGCCUGGUUCCCAGGUGACAGGUGCAUGAAUGGAUGGAUGGAUGGAUUGUCAUAGUCUCUCUAUAAAACAAGACGUGGAGCGGGGAUGACCAUUUCACACUCCCUUGAUGCAACACUUGAUACUAGCAGAGAGGUCAAGCGUUUUGUUGGUUGAUGGGACUUUCCAGGUAUUAUUCCUUAAGGACCUGCAGUCGUUCAAUGAAAU